UUCGUAUAUAUAGGGGAACGAUUCUUAAAAGUUCAUCACACAGAACAAGCGCAGCCAGCAGUCAACAUUCAACACUCAAAGCUCUCAAGCACUCAACCAAGCAUUCACCCAAAGGAUAUUUGAAUAUUACUAAAAUGGAAUUUACGCAAUUUUAUACAUGGUUAAGCCUGGUGUUCACCAUUAUCAUCUGCAAGUUGUCGGAGUGCAGUGCCAAGCCCACUUUAUACGAACUGGAUAGUUACGAGCACAGCUACGACCCCAGCUACGGUCACAGAAGCUAUGACAGCGGCGGCAGUGGAAAUACCUAUGCUCUAACAUACGGCCAGCCAAUAACAUCAGAACACCUGGAUAAGCUUGACACAGGCUAUUACUAUGUGGAUAACGGGUAUAUUGCUCCCGUUCCCAGCAGUAGCAGUAGCUCCAAUCAACGCAGUCUCAAUGCCUACAGCGGCGAUGUCCUGUCCGAUGGCUACAGGUUCGCACCAAUUGCCCGCUACAGGAGCACACGCACCAAGCGCAAGAAGCUCUUUGUGCCCAACUUCUUUGGCUAAGCACUCGGCGCACCGAAAAUGUCUAAGAAGUGUUAGACGAGAGUACAGACUGACGAUGAUGUUUGUUAUAUUAUACAAUUGUUUUAAUACCUUAUUUAAUUCUAACUAGUCUAAGUAUUGUGAUUGACACACCAACAAGUACCUUAUUUGUAUUUUAAUAUUAUAAGCAAUAAAAACAUUACAUAAAUUAAAAAAAUAAGACUCUUUAAAAAUACACUGUUAGACUUUUCGAGGCUUUUGUGAAAUAGGAAAUGAUUUCAUGCCUAACGUGACAUGUUUCAGCUUUUUUAAGAAUUAGUUUACUAAAGCAGGAAAUGAUUUCAUGUUUACUCCAGAUGGUUUUUCAUGUAAAGCAGCAUAAUACACUAUUUAAGUAAAUGUUUAGCGCGAAUUUGACAGCAAUAUGUUAAUUGGCUACUUAACUGAGGCGGCUAAAUAGUCAAAGCAAACAAAUAUGAGAAAUGCCUAGAAACAGUUUAAGUAACCAGUAAUGUUGUAGGCGAAUAUGUAUUAAGAAAGUGAAAACUAGUCUCUUAAAAUAAAAUUUAUAUUUAUAAAAUUUAUAUUUUAUUUUAAAAUAAAUUUUAAAAAUAAAUAAAUAUUUUAUUCAAAAA